CGGGAUGGGGUAGGGGCAACGCCAUAGAGUUGGGCGAUGGGCCGCCCUCUGGGAACCGAGCAGCCCCCCGAGGCCUGACAGACCGCGAGGACCGACGGAGGAGCUCCUCCUGGAUGUCAAGCGGAUGCCCCAGUGCCCCCCAGUGGACUCGAUGGGGACCAUGGCUUCACUGAUGCCCCUCUCCCCAUAUCUAAGCCCCACGGUCCUCCUGCUGGUCAGUUGCGACCUAGGCUUUGUGCGAGCAGACCGGCCUCCCUCUCCUGUGAAUGUGACGGUCACUCAUCUCAGAGCCAACUCGGCCACUGUGUCCUGGGACGUCCCAGAAGGCAACAUCGUCAUUGGUUAUUCUAUUUCCCAGCAACGGCAGAAUGGUCCAGGGCAGCGAGUGAUCCGGGAGGUGAACACUACCACAAGAGCCUGUGCCCUCUGGGGCCUGGCUGAAGACAGCGACUACACAGUGCAGGUCAGGAGCAUCGGUCUUAGGGGAGAAAGCCCCCCGGGGCCCCGGGUGCACUUCCGAACUCUCAAGGGCUCUGACCGGCUCCCCUCAAACAGCUCAAGUCCAGGUGAUAUCACAGUGGAGGGUCUGGAUGGAGAACGACCACUGCAGACAGGGGAAGUGGUCAUCAUUGUUGUGGUGUUGCUCAUGUGGGCUGCUGUAAUUGGACUGUUCUGCCGUCAGUAUGACAUCAUUAAGGACAACGACUCCAACAACAACCCCAAAGAGAAGGGGAAGGGGACGGAACAGAGUCCUCAGGGAAGACCAGUGGGGACAAGACAGAAAAAAUCACCAUCUAUCAACACCAUUGAUGUAUGAGUAACAGACACAGAACCAGAAGAGAGAUGUUCUAACAACCUGGGGAUGGGGUUAGGGAGAGCCUAAGAUGAUGAUCUGCCCAAGACUGAAAGAUCCUACAGUCUCCAGAGGCUAAUGACACUUCCACAAUCUCAAGCCUAGUGCCCAUCCUCUUUCCACUGUGAGCAGGGCCAGAAAGUAGGAUACAGUCUGUACCCCUGGACCUGGGGAAUUGGUAUCAGAUAGGCUGUCUCCUCCUAGCCUCUAGUACAGGGGAAAGUCACUUGUUCAACCCUAUCCCAUUAGGCUCUAAAUAGGGGCCCCAUUUCACCUACAUCAGGACUCUCAGCAUCCCUGGCUGUCCCCAUAUUUGCCUCUGGGUUUCAUAGAAAGAUGUUUCCUCUUCCCCCAAUAAAUUAAAGGAAUUGUCGGGGCCUGGAGGCAGAUGCUGCACUGCACUACUCCAAUGUCUUCCACGGAGCCUCAGGUGCUCCCCCUCUCACCUGGCAGCCCCUGCAGCUGCUGGUGAGCUCACUCCUUGACAUUUUUUCAAUAAAGGUUCUUGGACAAACUGGA